CGUGCACGAUCAUCUUUUUGCUGGAAAUCGCAGGUCACGAUCUACGAACUGACUGUUCUUGACUACAAUGUUUUCCUUUCUGGGCCUCAGUUUUGGUAUGUUUUUCUGAUCUUCCCCGGACUAUGUCAGGCGAUAUGGUACAGUAGCUGCCUAGACUAGAGCCAUUUAUAACCCGCUCGUCUUCCCUGCAGAAAGUGUGACCUGGUACAGUGCUAGAACAAAAGUACAUGUGAUUCCAAUUUUGCCACAACCAUGAGCCAGUCGUCGUCAGAUGCAGAGUCGUUGGUGGCUACCCAGGAGGCGAAGGUACCUUCCUCGCAGGAGAACAGCCGCAGUGUGGAUGUUGACGAGGAUGAUGACGAUGAAGAAAUCGCCAAUGGGCAGGUAGCACCAAUGCAGAGGCACCAUGUUGCUGGUUCAGAGGCAAAAAACGAAGAUGAUAAUGAUGCUGCUGCUAGUGAUCAGGAGGGUAGUGACGCAGACGAUGAAAGUGAAGAGAACAAUGAUGAUGAUGAUGAUUCUAGUGAUGCCAGUAGUGUAGGAGAAGAUGAUGAUGUACAAGCACCAGCUGAUGUUCGUGCUGAUCUACUGGGUGUGUUGUCGGGUGCAUUCCCGACCCAAGUCGCUGGUGCUGGUGCUUCUGAUAAUGAUGAGGACGAUAGCGAUGACGACAGCGAUGAUGAUAGCGAUGACGAAGGCGAUGCUGCCAGUGCUACUGCCAGUGCUGCUCCAGUCAAGAAAGGCAUUGCCGACCUGCGUGGCUUUGUUGAAAGUGAAGCUGAAUUGUCCGGCAGCGAGGCAUCCGAUGAUGAAGAGCUUGGUGUGUCGGCUGAUGAAUAUGAAGAGGAGUCUGGUGAAGAUGAGGCCCUGCCUAGUGAAGAGGCUCUUGAGAAACAACUCAAGAAGGUCCACCAGAAAGUUUCCCUCCAAGACGAUAAUGCUGAAAUGAGAACGUUCAAGGAAAUGAUUUUGGGAGAUGCCGACUACGAGGAAGGAAUGAACAAUGAAGGCUUUUUCAGAACACGUCGCUAUAGACCUGUAAUGGAUGAGUCAUCACAAAUGGACCUGUUUGGACCGGCCUGCGAAGACUCUGGCUCUGACGAUUGUGAGGACAGUCAAAUGGAGGCGGCCCGGCGGAAACAGCGGCACGAACGCAACGCCUUCCUCCACGAAAAACGCAUGAAAGACGGUGAAGAAAACAGCAGUUUAUUGUUGGAGGACGAGGACAGUCGUAGUGUCUUCGACAAUCUGGAGACAAGCAAUAGUAGCAGCGCAGUGCCGCAUUCAACAAAGAAAGCACCACGGCUGAGGAAAUGCGGGUCAUUCCUGAACCGCAGCAAGGCUACUCUCAAGCGCAUUGAAAGUCAGACUUCAACCGCACUCAACCUGCAAGGCAACACCAGGGGUUUUGUUUUCAAGCGCACGCUUUCGAACAACGAGAACUCCAACCCUGCUGCUCCCUCGUCAUCUCGGAAGCCGUCGCUGCCAAAGCCUGCACAGGUUACUCGUAAGGCAGCCAGCAUGGACUGCGCGCCUGCUGCCAAGAAGCGGAGCAUAUUCCGCGACCUUGUCCAGACACGGUGAAUGCCACUCGCAGGUGGCUCUCCCGGGCCUUGUUCGGCUGCUGGCUGCGUGCUUGUUGACGACACGAUUUGUACAGUUUCUCAAACUUAUCAGUGUACAUGACCCAGAGUUUGUACGUAGACAAUUGCCCUGUAAAUACGACCCAUGUAUAAUACUUCCCAGCUGAUCUGCUGCUUUUCAUUCUUGCUACCUAGUGUACAUACACAAUACCAUAAUAAUGUUAUUAAAAAGUUUAAAAAAAACAUAAUAUUAAAUACUUUACAGAUCCGGUGGGCAAUCCACUAUGACAUUGUAGUAACAACGUAUGCCACUGCUGUUCUGUGCAACAUCGUGGUGCUCCUCAGCCGACAGCCAUUCCGUGGCUGCAGUGCAGUACAACUGCAUACUAGAACCUCAAACAGUAUAUCACCAAGAGUUGUGUGGCGUUCAUACAUACAAUGGACUUCGCCUUUCUAUCUGUUCUGCUUAUAAUAGUGCCCGUGGUGGCUCAUGUCUUGGAUUUUCUGUUAGUGUAUUGAACCUUUCUUGAACUUUCUUGCCACCUAGGGCACAAGUGCCGUUCUGUGUUUGACAACACCUACCAACGAUUAUUUGGAGGAAAAAAAGUAAUUAUAUGCUAA